AUGGCUUGUACCUCGCGCGGCUUCAGUGAAGACGUCUUUUCGUUGUCAUUAGUACCUAAACGAGGGAAAUUACUAGCCCCCUCGGAGGAGGAACGGGCGCGCCGCGCGGUGUCCGUACACGAGGCGAAGCGGAGCAUUGACGGCCCUCCCGCCGCGCAUUGUUUCUCCAGCCGUCAUGUCGACCACGGGCAACGCGACUACGGCUGGAAACCCGGCGACAGCCACUGGACGGGGGGUCUACGUGAAGGCCUGGCGGAAGCACGGCGCGGUCCGUGCUUGGAGGCCACGUGUCCGCUCACUCCCCCGCGCCGCGCCAACGAUGCAUUCUGCGAUCCGCCCGCAGCAACGGGCCGAACAGCGGCGGCGCAACGAGGGCAGCGCGCGCAGUGCGGCAAGUGCGACGGUGACAGCGACGGCUGGCGGAGUCGCAGCGCAGAAUGCGGAGCGGCGAGCGCUGCUGCGGACGAGGCAGCUACAGCGGUGUGGAGUUUGAAUUGUCAGCGGCACAGACGUGGCUGCACCACCGCGCGGCGCAAGAUGGAUCCGACGAGCUCUUCCAUGCAGCGGAUCCGGGAGUGCGAUGGGGCAGGAUGCGCGUCAAGAGACACAGGAGGCGCAAGAAUGCGAGGAGGUCGGGCACGAGGAGGAGGCGAUGGCGGCGGCGACUGCUGCGUAUCGCGGGCGCGGGGGAGGCUGCGCGCCGCCGCGCAAUCAGCAAAGGCGGAGGGCAAGGAUCCGCGCCAAGCAUGGCGUGGGCGGGCGCGCGGUGGGGCGGGGGCCUGGCUCAUCAGCCCGCUGAGGUGGCCCUCUCUACUCAACCUGCCUCUGCUGCUGCUGCGGCUGCUGCUGCUGGGUUGCGUCUUGGCGUCGCCCGUCGUGACAUCCCUUGGCGGGCCCUCCCCCGUGCGCAUCAACUGCGGAGGGUCAGAGCACAUCACGAGCAGCGACGGGCGCGUGUGGGAACCGGACGCAUUCUUCACAGGGGGGGAGGCAGCGGCGGUGCUGAACGCGUCGCAGCUGGGCUUCCCCAAGGAGGUGGCGGCACAGCGCAUCUUCCACACGGGCGACGUCAGCUGCUACGACAUCCCCAUUCCCCCCGGCCGCUUCAUCGUGCGCCUCGCCUUCGCGUACAACAGUGACACGCCGCCUGCCAAGACGUUUGAGACUGUCUCGUCCGUGACAGUGCAGGGGGGGCGCACCAGCAGUGCGCAGGAUUUCAGCGUCUCUGCUACGUCUGCGCUCACAGGCGCCGCCGCACCUCGCGACGGCAGUCUAAUGGCAAGCGCAGUUGGAGCGGCGCAUCUCGCUGCGCCUGCUGCCGCCCCCGCCGCGUCUGCAGCUGUGGUGAGUCGGCUGCCGGAUGACACGCCCUUCUCGACCGCGUCGGGCAAGGGCCCUCUGGGAGGAUUUGACAGCCAAGGAAUGGGGGAUCUGCCACCCAGUGACACUGAGCUGGGGGGGGGUCUGCAAGAGCAUGUGCAGGCACGGUGGCCGCGGUUUGCGGUGCUGGUGGAGGGCGUGCAGAUGGAGACGGUGAGCAUGGGCGGGCACGUGGGCGCGGUGUACGAGGCGGAGUACAUCGUGGACAGCGCGGACGCCUCGCUCACGCUCUGCUUCCUGCCCGUGUGGGGCCACGCCCUCGUCAACUCCAUCGAGAUCCUCCCCGUGCCGCCCCCCUUCUACCUCCUCCCGCAAGUCGUCCCCCCCAACGCCUUCCUCGCCGUGCGCGCGCGCAUCGACUGCGGCCGUGCCGCCACGAACGACUCUGCGGUGGCUGGGUCUAAUGGAACGGCAGAGGGCAGCACCAACCGGCUGGCGAGCAACUAUGGUGCGCUGCCGGCAACCACAGGUACCAACUCCACGUGGAGCUUUGACACGCUGGUGGCCACAUCAGGGUUCGGUCCCUCGGGCCAAGGCACCACCAUGCAGGAUGCUCUCGGGCGCCGCUGGUCCAGCGACCUCAACCAGAUAGUGCAGACGCAGCAGGUGGGGGUUCCAGCACCCAGUGGGGAGGCUGGGCAGGGUGCAAUGGGCAGGGGACAGCAGGAGCAGGUGCAAGCGCAGUGGCGUGUGAAGCCGCCCAAGUCGGUGCAGACGUUCGUGCCGGUGAGCGGGGCGGGUGAGGCGCCGCUGUUCCUGGCGCAACCGCUGCUGCAGACGGCACGAGAGGCGGUGCUGGCGAGUGGGCUGCACUACUCGUUUUCGAUCCGCGUGCCGGCGCGGCUGAACCGGUGGAUGGUGCUGCUGCACUUUGUGGCGGUGCAGCCGGGGUCGCGCGUGGGCGAGCGCGUGUUUGACAUCCACAUGAACGGCGUGACUGUGAGCGCCUUUGACAUCCUGCGUGAAACCCACGGGCAGCAGAACCGCCUGGUGACGCUGCCCGUGGUGGUGGGGUUCAGCCGGCCCGCCAUUGGGUCGGCGCCCACGCUGGAGGUGCAGCUGGUGGCGUGCAACGGCAGCAAGCUCAGCCCCCUCAUCACCAGCAUCGAGGUCAUUGAAGUCGUGCGCGCCAACGUCCCCCGCGAAAACGUCGUCUCCGAGCUGAAAGCCCAACAGAGUGGCGAUCCCAAGUCAGCCUUUCCAUCUGCCUCCUCCCACAGCCGUAGUUAUGCGGCGGUGGUUGCGGGGGCGAUAGGAGGGGCUGGGGCGCUGGUACUGCUUGUUAUGCUCGUGCCCCUCGUGCUGCUGUGGCGACGCCAGCAUCGCCGCCGCCGUGCCGCCAUGCGCACCCACCUGCUAGGGCUCAAUGCCGUUGACUCUGCAGCAGCACCACAAACAGACGAUGUUGAAGGAAUUAGUCAUAACGAGGAGCUAGGGCUUGUUGAGGUUAUAGAAGAGACAAGGUGA